UGAGACAACUGUGGGAUUUCAAACUCUUGUUAAAAGGUCCUUGAUAAGAAUGGAGUUGGACAACUUAGAAAUGCAUGACUUAAUUCAAUUGAUGGGUAAGGAUAUUGUGAACCAAGAAUGUCCUGAUGAUCCCAGAAGACGGAGCAGACUAUGGUUGUAUAAUGAUGUUGAGGAGGUUCUGUCCAAUGACAAGGAAGAUUGUGUUGUAAAAGCCAUAGUGCUGAAGCUACCUGAGUGGACAGAGAUGCGUAUCCAUCCUGAUGCUUUUACAAAAAUGAGAAGGUUGAGAGUGCUCAUCUUGCACAACGUGCAAAUUUCUUUCCAAGGUCCUUUAUGUCUUCCUAAGGGGCUUAGAUGGUUUGAAUGGCCUGGAUGUGCUCGCCAGAUUACUGGAGAUUCCUCUGGUUCAAUGAAAUUAGUGGGAAUUGAUAUGAGCGAAGCCAGUAUCACAGUAGUGCCUGAACUAUUUAAGGACUUCCAACAAUUGAAGUACAUUAAUCUCAGUUAUUGCGAGUCCCUAAUUCGUAUCCCUGACCUCUCAUAUACUCCACAUCUCGAGGAAUUGGUUCUCUGUUGUUGUAAAAACAUGGUAGAAGCCCAUGAGUCGAUUGCAUAUCUUGAGAAGUUACGGGAGUUGACUUUAUAUGGGUGCUCUCAACUUGGUGUUUUUCCAAGUGUGCUCAUGACAAAAAGACUCCGGUGUCUUCAGCUUACAGAUUGUAAAAAAUUGGAAAGGUUCCCUGAUAUUCCACAUGAACUUGAAAGCCUGACAGAUCUUUCGUUAAAAGGGACUGCUAUUAAAGAACUUUCAUCAUCAAUAGAAAAUCUUGUUUCUUUGAGGGUAUUGGUCUUAUCUGAUUGCAAGGAUCUGGGAAGUCUUCCGUCUAGUAUAUACAAGUUACAUAACAUUGAAGAGUUGGAACUUUCGGAUUGCACAUCCUUCAUUAGGUUUCCAAAGUACGAUGAUUCUGCUGAUCCAUCUAUGAAGAUCGUACUUCCAAGUUUAAAAUUUUUAGACCUUUCUAGAAGUGGUCUGCUUGAAUUGGGGUUUCUCGAGAAUCAUUCCCGUUGUCCCAAAUUGAGUAAUUUAAAUCUGACGGGGACCAAAAUAACUAGCCUUCCAACAUCCUUUGAGCGCAAACAUUUCGAAGUCUUGAGUCUACCAUACAGUAUUGCAGUCCCAGGUGGCCUUAAAUCUAUAAAUGAGUGGAGAUUUUCCUAUCCAUAUGUUUCUGACGGUAGAGAGUUUGUCGAGGCUUACUAUGUUAUUCUUCCUGAAGCAAUGUUUCCAGAGUGGGUCCUCCCUAUUGAAAAUGGUUUUGUAUCUUUUAGGGUUUCUAGGGACUUGUACAACAAGUUUCUUGGAUUCGUUCUCUGUGUUGUUCAUAGUACUGAUGAACAGGAUCAUGGGUCACAAUCAUACCACAUAGAAUCAAAAGUUAAUGGCCAAAUGCUGUAUAAGCGUGAAUGGACUCCCGUUGAAAAUCACACCUUGUUUCUAUCAUUCAUAAGCCCUACGCAGUCGGGAUUUGUCAAUCCUGUUCAAAUUUAUGGGAGUCAUGUACAAGUUAGUGUUAAAGUAUCAGGUGGAGUCCUGAAAAAGUGUGGAUUCCGAAUAAUGUGCGAGCCACUGGAGGAAGAUUUAAAAGUUAAGCUUCAAGAUCUAAUGGAUCCAGCUUUACUCUUCGAGUAUGGUCAUGAAUCGACAUAUUCGAAACCCAUGGGUCCACUUAUGCAUGGAACGAUCAAAGCAGAUAUACAGAACGACUUGCAAGAUUGUCCAGCAACGCUACUUUCAGCAUCACGACAGCUCGUCUCCCAUCUGACAGCACCGAGCUCUGAUGGAUGUAAGAUCGUCACCUACCAACGAUGGAGGCGACGAAGAGAAGAAGUUUGUCUCCCUGAAACAGAGUCCCUAGUGACCAACGGCGACGGAGACUGGAGAGCAGAGGCGAUGGACUAG